UCACUGUCCUGCCGUGUCUGCCUCACACCGCUGCCUCACAGAUCAUUCCACAGACCCCUUGCCCCAUCCCUUCUGGACAGACCCAGGAGUGGGGAGGGUGCGGGAGGUGUGGUGUGGGUGGGGGCUUGUGGUUGUAGCGGCCGCUUUCCCUGAACCCCCGAGCCGGACACUCGGGGAUCUGGGCAGAGGGGAAAGUCAUCUAAGAGGCUGCUGUUUCACAAGGUCUGGGUACAGAGCUGCCCCUCCCUUCCUCCCUGAAGUUUGCAUGAAGUGCACGUUAGGCUGUAAUUAGGGGAUCUGGGAGGAGAAGUUUCCUAGUGACGCUUUGCUUUUCUUCUGCUCUUGGUGAGAAAGUGCCUCCUUCUUCCCAGGACCAGGACCUCUGCCAUCCAGCGCCACAAAGAGACAUUCUGCACACACACACACUCACACACACGCACACACACACUUGCCCAGAGACAAACUUAAGGUGAGGGGAAAAAGCGCUAGCUUCACUUCAUCUCCGGCCUCCCACUUCAGCAAGAUUUGAGAGCAUCCGAACUUCUGGAUUUCAGAACAAGUGAAGAAGAUUCUUUGAGCUAUAAAGAUGAAGAGUUUACUUCUUCUGGUGCUGAUUUCAGUCUGUGGGGCUGAUCUUCAUUCAGACAACUACACUCUAGACCAUGACAGAGUUAUUCACAUCCAAGCAGAAAAUGGCCCCCGUCUACUCGUGGAAGCAGAACAAGCCAAGGUGUUCUCACAUAGAGGUGGCAAUGUUACACUGCCAUGUAAAUUUUAUCGAGACCCUACAGCAUUUGGCUCAGGAACCCACAAAAUCCGAAUUAAGUGGACCAAGCUAACUUCAGAUUACCUCAAGGAAGUGGACGUUUUUGUUUCCAUGGGAUACCACAAGAAGACCUAUGGAGGCUACCAGGGUAGAGUGUUUCUGAAUGGAGGCAGUGAUAACGACGCUUCUCUGGUGAUCACAGACCUCACCCUGGACGAUUAUGGAAGAUAUAAGUGUGAGGUGAUUGAAGGAUUAGAAGAUGAUACUGCUGUGGUAGCAUUAGACUUACAAGGUGUGGUAUUCCCCUACUUUCCACGACUGGGGCGCUACAAUCUCAAUUUUCUCGAGGCACAGCAGGCUUGCCUGGACCAGGAUGCUGUGAUUGCCUCCUUCGACCAGCUGUACGAUGCCUGGCGGGGCGGGCUGGACUGGUGCAAUGCCGGCUGGCUCAGCGACGGGUCUGUGCAGUACCCCAUCACAAAACCAAGAGAGCCCUGCGGGGGCCAGAACACCGUGCCCGGCGUCAGGAACUACGGCUUUUGGGAUAAAGAAAAAAGCAGAUAUGAUGUUUUCUGUUUUACAUCCAACUUUAAUGGCCGUUUUUACUACCUGAUCCACCCCACCAAGCUGACCUAUGAUGAAGCGGUGCAGGCGUGUCUCAAAGAUGGUGCUCAGAUUGCAAAAGUGGGCCAGAUAUUUGCUGCCUGGAAACUUCUGGGAUACGAUCGCUGCGAUGCGGGCUGGUUGGCGGAUGGCAGUGUCCGCUACCCUAUCUCUAGGCCAAGACGGCGCUGUAGUCCCACUGAGGCUGCGGUGCGCUUCGUGGGGUUCCCAGAUAAGAAGCAUAAGCUGUAUGGUGUCUACUGCUUCAGAGCAUACAAUUGAGCGUGCCCCUAGAGCACGUCAGUUUUAAAGUCAUUAAGAACAUGUGAAAGGUUUUAUUUCAAUAUGAACUCAUGCAAGUUACCAAAACUGUGAGAACCCUUUUUUACUUACUGUAAAGAGUCAUUUUCAUAAAGACCAAUUCAUUAAUUUGUUUUUGUAAAGCGAUCAUUCAGUAUAUAUUAUAAAUUAAUAUAAUUUUAAGGGAAGUGCUACACAAGGAGGCUUUAGAGCCAAACUGUUUAGGCUACAUCAUCCCAGCAAAGUAUCCGUUCAUGAACGGGGCAUGCAAUAGUUGAGGAUUGCAGGAUUAAAUUGAGGAAAGUAAAGCUACUCAGAGAAGCAGCUUCCACAAGCACAAAUUUUACACAUUUGUACAAUUUUGAAACGUACUACAAUAAACAAAUUAGAGCAACAGAUUUGAACUACAGCCUUCUUUACAUAAACUAAGAUUCUGAGAGGUUGCACGAAACUCAAUUUCACAAGGGAACAAUCUGCACUUUUCUAAACGUUAAUAUUUCAAGUCUCCAAUAGACAGAAUAUUUUACUCUUUAAAAUCCUGCCUUUUUGACCAAAAAACAAAAUUCAUAUGAACUCCAAUGCAUAGAAAAAAAGCACAGUUAAGGCUCCUUAAUAACCCCAUUUAUAUGAAGUAUGAAACUGAAAUAAGUAGGUAAUAUUUAACCAAUGAGAGACUCCUACCUUCUUCUAAUUAAAAUUACACAGGCCUGAGAAGAAUUGUUUUAUCUUUUGAGUAGCUUUACUGAGUUCUAUUUAAAUUCUAAGGAACGUUUGCUAAGCAGCAUUUAGCAUCUACUCAGGGCAGUUAUAUAGAUAAACUGCUGGACAGAAAAAUUGUAAAAUUUAGCAGCUUGAUUUUAUGUUAGCCUAUGAAAUGUUACUGUCCUAUAAAAAUAACUUUAAACUAUUUAAUAUUUCCUUCUUAUUUACAUUACAUUAAAAAAUUAAAUCAUAAAAGGAAUGAAUAACUAUACACUUGUCUAACCAAGAAGAAAGGACCCAGCUUUCAAAAUUCUUAUUAUUUCUAUUUGUAUAUACACUAGAAAGCCCAACUGGUGCCUGUGUUUAGGGCAAAAAGUCAACAAAGUAGUUCUAAACCUUCCUCCAUAUAGAAAAUGUGGUCCAUGGUGUCACUUUCCUUGCUGAUCAUCAUUAGGCUUAAAUGAAAUGCUGAAGCUGUCAUCAAAGAGUUUACACUAAAAUCUUCAGGGCUUUAAGUGAAAAGGUAAGGCCAGCUUCAGAAAAAACAACUCUCCACAUUAGCAGCUCCAAUCUUAAAUAAAGCUCUGUUUUCCUAUAUUUUUAUGACUGUUGAGACCCCACAGGGACCAAUAUUUGUAUUCAAAUUACAUUUCAUGGUUUCCCAUUGUUUUACAAUGAGUUCUAAUAAAUGGGAUUUAGUAUAAUAAUCCAAGUAUGACAUAGCUCGUAUGCUUUCAUGAAUGUUUUUAUGUAGAUUUUCCUCCCAUGAACAUGAGUAAAUAAAUCUGUUUCCUGAAUUGAU